AUGACUGAGGAAGGCAUCAAGGAGUUUGAUGUAAGAGGCAAAUUUUUUGAAAAAUAACAUAUUUUUCGCGAAUUCAGAAGGCCAAACCCUAGUUAUGACGUGGCAAAUGCCGUAUAGCUAUACGGCAUUUGCCACGUCAUAACUACUUGUGAAUUAGCUCAACAGCUAUGACGUGGCAAAUUUAGGUUUCAAACCAUUUCGCUGUUUAAAGGGACAUGCUUUAAUUUUCCACCAAAAUCUCAAAAACGGCCGCACCAAAUGAAAAUCUGAGUACACCAUCUUUAUCGCCGUGAAAAACUGCAUGGAAAUAAGCGUUUCGGGGUUCGUGGCGAGACCAAUUUUGAAAAAUAGCGCGCAAAAUGGAGAGACGGGAGACAAUUUGUGCAUACACGGUGACGCGCAAAUGCACCAGGCCAAAAAAAAAUACGUGUGCUCCUCGGUUCGCUGUUGUUAUACUGUAUUGACUUGUGCAUUUGCGCGUCACCGUGUAUGCACAAAAAUGUCUCGCGUCUCUCCAUUUUGCGCGCUAUUUUUCGAAAUUGGUCUUGCCACGAACCCCGAAACGCUUAUUUCCAUGCAGUUUUUCACGACGAUAAAGAUGGUGUACUCAGAUUUUCAUUUGGUGCAGCCGUUUUUGAGAUUUUGGUGGAAAAUUAAAGCAUGUCCCUUUAAACAGCAAACCAAGAUUUUUUGUUCAGCAACAAUAUAUUAUCGAAAAUCUACCACGCGCUCCACCGAAAUAAACACGCAACGCAGACCGCGUCGCGUCGCGCCACAACACACACAAAAAAGGGAGGGAAUUUGAAUCGUUCCCUUAUUUGUGUGUGUGUGUUAUAGCGCGGCGCGGUCUGCGUUGCGUGUUUAUUUCGGUGGAGCGCGUGGUAGAUUUUCGAUAAUAUAAAUACGUGAUAUGCACUGUCUGAUUUCAAAAAUCAAAUUAAUUUCCAGCUUCUCGAAAAACAAACAUGGGAUUCAAUUCAAUCGAUGAUGAUCUCACUAAACACCCGCGAGAAGCGAAGAUCGCCCCGCAAAAAUCCUCGUAAACGUCAAAAUUCCCCAUCCCCGUCGCAUCCAUCAAUCUCGCCUCCCCCGAAAUACGAUGUGGUGGAUGAGGAAUGUCCGCAAGGGCCUCCGGGCUUGGCGGGCUCCAAUGGCAUACCAGGCGAACCGGGAAUCGAUGGUGUUCCGGGUCGAAACUUUGAUGAUGUGAUGGAGGAUUUCUCGGCGAUUUAUGGUCCAAAGUGCACACUUUGCCCUGCGGGGCCUCCAGGCCCCGAUGGGCUUGAUGGUUCUGAAGGGAUUCGUGGUCCGCCUGGAGCAAUAGGUCCACCCGGGGAGCGCGGACGUGUUGGAGCUCCUGGAGAAAUCGGUGAGCCUGGAGACUUUGGAGAAGAUGGUGAGAUUGGUUUGGAUGGGAUGGUUGGGACUAAUGGUCAAAAUAUGAUGAGGAUUAUAAAUUAUAGAGGUCCCAAAGGGCCUUCAGGACCGGCUGGGCUUCAAGGACAACCUGGGAUUCCCGGUGGGACUUUGAGAGCGAAUAUUGGACCGGAUGGGCCGCCCGGGCUACCUGGCAAGCCUGGAAGUCUUGGAGAAGCUGGUUUUGAUGGGCAGGUAGGUGUAAAAGGGUUAAAACCUUACAAAAUUAUUGAUUUUUAGCAAGGAAUACCUGGAGAACCUGGCUUGGAUGCUCAAUAUUGCCCAUGUCCCUCAAGAAUUAUGGAAAUGCAAAGAGAAGUUGAUCCAUCUUUGGAAAAUAAAAGUGGCUACGAUUAUUUGGAGAUAGAGGAGAGGAAACGAAAAAAGAAGUCGAAUAAACGAUGGAGAAUUUAUAAUUGA